UCACUGAGCUGAGAAUUUCUGAACGACUUGCAUCGACUGCAUUUGGAACAAAGCUUUAAUCAACCAUCUCAAAUGAAACAAUUAUAUUUAAUAGUGUGUAUCAUAUCAUUGCUGGGCCAGGGAUAUCCGCAAUGUCCAAUGAGCUGCCAUGUAAAUGCCAAAUGUAAAAUUGAGAAUGGAGCAAUCGGUUGCUACUGCUCUAAUGGAUACACGGGGGAUGGCAUCAAUUUCUGUCAAGAUGACAAUGAAUGUCAAAAUGCAACCAACAUUUGUGGUGAAAAUGCCAACUGCACAAAUAUAGAGGGCAGCUACUACUGCACGUGUGCGCCUGGUUUUCAUUCAAGUGGCGCUGAAAGAUUUGUGACUAAUGAUGGAACCUUUUGCAUUGAUGAAUGUAAUGAAAGAAAUUGUGGAUACAAUGCUGAGUGCAAGAACACUGCUGGAGGAUAUGAUUGUUUCUGCAAGGAAGGUUAUCAACCAUCCUCAGGAAGAUUGCUGUUUAAAGCAGACGAUGGCACUUAUUGCCAGGAAAACUACAAGCUUAAAUGCCAUUUGGAUGACACCUGCAUAUCCUCUAGUAUUAAUAAAACCAUUAGUCAAGUAACCACAGUUAAGGAGCCCAUCUCUAUUCUAAAAGAAAUUCAGAGAGGUACUGCAAGAGAACUCCUGCCUAUUGAUGUAAUUUCAUAUGUUGAAGUGCUGGCUGCAUCCACACCAUUAUUGAGUACUGUAAAUAAUAGUGCACUGAACAAGGAGAAUGUUACCAUCAUAACAUUUGUUAAAACAGUGAACAAUUUGGUGGAAAAAGAUAAAAUGAGAGUUUGGAAAAAUCUUAAAGAUGACAAUAGAAGAAAAAGCAUAACAAAACUUAUGCAUACAACAGAGCAGGCAGCCCUGGACAUGUCACAGAACUUUAAAAAGACAACACAGCUCAAUAUCACUGCAAGUGAUAUGGCGCUCAAACUGUUUGCCUUUGACUCUAACCACAUGAAACAUACCCACCCACAUGUAUUUAUUGAAGGUGACAGCAUAAAGAUUUCUCCAAAGAAAAAGGAAUCAUCGCUCUCAAAUGGAACAGUAACUAUUAUAUUUUUGCGGUAUGAGAACAUAGGUGUUUUACUUGGGUCGAAUGACAAUGCUGGUAUUAAGGAACAUGAUUCUAUGGAUCAAAGGGCAUUGGUAAAUUCCCCUGUUAUAGCUGCAGCUAUCAACUCAAAUCCCCCAACACUGUAUCAGCUUGAGAAGAUAACAUUCAUUCUUAAACAUAUUGAGAUAUUUUCCGAUGUUGGUGCCACUAAAUGUGCCUUUUGGAGUUACACACCAGAAACUAUGUAUGGGGAAUGGUCUACUGAUGGCUGCGAGGUGUUGGCUUCCAACGUGACACACACAUCAUGCAGGUGCAACCAUCUUACACACUUUGCUAUUCUGAUGUCUUCCUCAAGCCGCAACCAAGUGGCCUCUCAUCAUAGUGUAUUAACAAGAAUUACUCAAUUUGGGAUAAUCAUUUCGCUGAUCUGUCUGUCCCUGUGCAUUUUUACUUUUCUGUUCUUCAGUGAAAUCCAAAGCACAAGGACAACUAUUCACAAGAACCUUUGCUGUGCAUUAUUUCUGGCUGAACUUUUAUUUAUUAUUGGAAUAAAUAUGACCAAGAAUAAGCUUUUCUGUGCAGUAGUUGCUGGAUUGCUGCACUACUUUUUCCUCGCCGCCUUUGCCUGGAUGUGCAUCGAGGGAAUUCAUCUCUAUCUCAUUGUAGUCGGAGUUAUUUACAAUAGAGGAUUUCUGCACAAGAAUUUUUAUAUCUUUGGAUAUUGUAGCCCAGCUGUAGUUGUUGGAAUUUCUGCAAUUUUAGGAUAUAAAUAUUAUGGGACUGAUAAAGUAUGUUGGCUGAGUACAGAAAAUAAUUUUAUAUGGAGUUUUAUUGGACCUGCCUGUCUCAUCAUUCUUGUCAAUCUGAUGGCAUUUGGAGUUAUAAUAUACAAAGUGUUCCGGCAUACUGCAAUGUUAAAACCAGAAGUUACAUGUUAUGAAAACAUAAGGUCAUGUGCUAGAGGAGCUCUCGCUCUUUUAUUCCUUCUUGGUGCUACUUGGAUGUUUGGAGUUCUCCAUGUUGUUAAUGGUUCAGUGGUCACUGCGUAUCUUUUCACCAUCUCCAAUGCAUUUCAGGGAAUGUUUAUCUUCAUAUUUCUCUGUGUUUUAUCCAAAAAAAUACAAGAAGAAUACUACAGGUUAUUCAAAAAUGUUCCAUGCUGUUUCACAUGUCUAAGAUAAACCCACAGACGAUUCCAUUUACUGAAGAAAAAUCAGCAUCGUUCAAGUCCUAAGAAAAUAAUGUUGGGUUGGGUAUUAAAGUAAACUGGUCUUCCAUUGUGAAAUACAUUGAUAUAUUAUUGUUUUAAAUGUUAUAGACAACAUGACAUUGUAAAGUUGCUGUUGGAUUGUCUGCUUAAUCUAAUUGGCACCAUGGGCAGACACAGAACAUGAAUUGCACCAGACAGUUUGAGGUCAGGAGUCACAAUCUAUCAUCUAUCUUUAUUGUUUUUUAUUGCUUUAGGAUUUGCUUAUCUGUUUGUUUGUUUGUUUGAUUUGCCCAUUUAAAGGGGUAGAAUGUGCCUUUGUUGAAAUAUUGGACUUGUGCUGAAUAUUCUUUUUAUCUAUUGGUUAAAAGGAAAACUAUAUCCCCCAACAAUGUACAGUAGGUCUCUACAAAUAUAUCACAUAAAGAGCUCAUAUGUAAAACCUUGCUUCAUCUAAAUGUACAAUUUUCAUAAAAAUAUACUUUUUAGUGGUAUGUGCCAUUGGGUAAUACUAAAUAGACAUUUUAAAAAUUAAGGGCCUGCCCCUAGGAUCAUAAAAUUCACUUCUUUCUGUUACAAUUAAAGCUUCAUUAUUUCUGGUCAUGUGAUCUCUGAGGGAGCACACAGACCAUCACAAAAUGGUGGCUCAAGGGAAGAGAUGUAAAAGGCCAAAAUGUACUGAUGACAGAAACUAUAUGUUGGUAUUCAUUCUGGGGGUAUAGUUUCCUUUUAAUCAUGAAAAAUCUUUUUUUUUUUUUUAUCUUGAGCUAAAAACAACUCUAUAUUUAGUUCUUGCAAGGCAGAUAAUUCAAUUAUCAGUACAUAAAAAGUCGGAAAUCCAUUAUGCAUUAUUAAUUAUCUGCCUUGUAAGGAAUAGCUUUAGGUACCCUGUAUGCCUAUUGAGCUCAAAAAACAAAAAAACAUAGAUUUUUAAGUGCAUACCCUGUGCACUGAAGUCAUGUUGCACAAGUGGAUAUACUGCCUCUUUAAGCUAACUGAUUCAUAUGGAAACAGUAGGUCUAUGUAUAUUUAUAAAUACAUAAAAUAAGGUACAGGUAUGGGAUCCCUUAUCCAGAAAUCUCCAAAUUACGGAA